GUAGCUCGAGAGAGUCUCUCGGGAGGCUGGAUUAGCCACAAGUUGUGGUGAACCAGGGUAAAAUUCGGUGUGCCUCUUACUCUUCUCUUUACUUUUCUUUUAAAUUUUUAAUUCCUGCGAUUUCUCCGAUCAAACGCUAUUCACCCCCCCUCUAGCGUUGGUCUUUUAUUCUAACACAUGGAAGAGCUGUCUGAGCCGAGCAUCCAUGCUUCCCCUGUGGCAAUGAUCUGUGCUCGGCCAAGAGAUUGGAUGGACGACAUAGUCGCCUUUUUGAAGGACGGCGCUCCUCCUCGGAAGGAAGGAAGGCCGAGCGCAGACCAUACCCGGAUGUUCUUCCCGGAUGGAGGUCAAACACUCGCGCUCGGUGCUCCUCCUCGAGGAGGGAAACCCAGCGCAGACCAUACCUGGAUGUUCUUCCUGGAUGGAGGUCAAACACUCGCGCUCGGCGCUCCUCCUCGAGAGGGGAGCCGAGCGAAGGCCAUACCUGGAUGUUCUUCCCGGAUGGAGGUCAAACACUCGCGCUCGGCGCUCCUCCUUGGGGAGGGAAGUCAAGCGCAGGCCAUACCCGGAUGUUCUUCCCGGAUGAAGUUCAAACAUUCGCGCUCGACGCUCCUCCCUGGGAGGGAAGCCGAGUGCAGGCCAUACCCGGAUGUUCUUCCCGGAUGGAGGUCAAACACUCGCGCUCGGCUCUCCUCCUUGGGGAGGGAAGUCAAGCGCAGGUCAUACCCGGAUGUUCUUCCCGGAUGGAGGUCAAACAUUUGGGCGCGGCACUCCUCCACGGGAGGAAAACCGAGCGUAGACCAUACCCGGAUGUUCUUCCUGGAUGGAGGCCAAACACUCGCGCUCAAAAAUAAUGACUAAAAACGAGACAUAAAAUCAAAUUCAAAUUUUAUUCAUCCUUGAAAAAGGGGCUAGUGCACGGCGCGAACGCCUUACAAGGUCGCCUCGGGUACCGGGUUGAUCAAAGGAAGCGCAGGGGUAGAGUAAAAGGCAUCAAGUCCC